UUAAUUAAAAAAAUGUCUGGUGGAGGCAAAGAUAGAAUUGCUGUUUUUCCUUCUCGAAUGGCACAAUCGGUAAUGAAGACUCGUCUUAAAGGGGCUCAGAAAGGGCAUAGUUUGUUGAAGAAAAAGGCAGAUGCUUUGAACUUGCGUUUUCGUGAAAUUCUGAAGAAAAUUACGGAGAAUAAGAAAAAGAUGGCAGAAAUACUUAAAGAAGCGGCCUUUUCUUUAGCUGAAGCAAAAUUUACUGCUGGCGAUUUUUCUCCACAUGUCGUUCAAAAUGUUUCUACACAGGCUCAAUACACUAUUAAAAUGAGGAAAGAUAAUGUUGUUGGUGUUUUUCUUCCCGUUUUUGAAGCUCAUAGGCGUGAAGGGUUGGAUGGGGAUGCUUAUAAUUUGACAGGUCUUGGAAAGGGUGGAGCGAAUAUUGGGAAGUUAAAAAAGAAUUACAAUAAAGCAAUUGAAUUAUUGGUUGAACUUGCAACAUUACAAACUUGUUUUAUUACUUUGGAUGAAGCUAUAAAAAUUACUAAUCGACGUGUUAAUGCUAUUGAACAUGUUAUUAUUCCUAAAAUUGAAAAUACUUUGACUUAUAUUGUAACAGAAUUGGAUGAAAUGGAAAGAGAAGAAUUCUUUCGAAUGAAGAAAAUUCAGGCAAAAAAGAAGAGAGACAGAGCUUUGGCUGAAACUAAAGAUGAAUAUAAUGAGAGACAACCAGAUGAUGGACGUCCAAUUCGUAAUAUGUUAGACGAGGAAGAUGAUUUGCCUGUACUUUUUACUUAA